UUGAUAGUUUUUCGUGAGUUUUGUACGAUUUAUGGACACUCCAGUGUAUAGAUUUGAACCGCAAGAUUAUGAAGUCGUAUACGAGCCGGCGGAGGAUACGUUCUUGCUCCUGGAUGCGCUGGAAGACGAGCAAGAUACGAUAAAGGGCCGGCAGCCUCUUCUGUGCGUCGAAAUCGGUCCAGGCAGCGGUGUUCUGAUUAGUGCCAUCGCCAAAUGUUUCCCCGGCGGACAGACACACUGCAUCGCCUUCGAUAUAAACCCGGCCGCCUGUCGUAUGACACGAAGGACGAGUCAAUUGAACCAAGUGGCAGUGGAUGUGGUCAACAUGGACCUGCUCGGAGGACUGCAUUCACACUCGGUUGACCUGCUGAUCUUCAAUCCACCGUACGUUCCGACACAGCCGAUCGACGGUUCCCUCGAAGAGCAUGCGGAAACGUUUCGCUCCGACGGUGGACAAGCUUUGAUACACUCUUGGGCAGGUGGCAUCGAUGGGAUGAUGGUAACGAAUCGUGUGCUAAACGACCUGGAUCGGGUGCUGUCCCCGGUGGGAGUGUUCUAUCUAUUGCUGGUGAAAGAAAACAAUCCGGACAGUAUCCUUGACAAGGUCCACCGGCAGGGAUUUCUAGGGAAAACUAUCAAAGAACGGCGCAUUCGCGGUGAACAUCUUUACGUGCUUCGUAUUGAAAGAAAACCCGGCGAAACCAAGAGCUGACGAAAAAAAAAAAAGAUUUUAUCGUCCAUUCUUCUUGGUAAUGGAAUUUUGUUGGGUAGGAAGCUCUUUGGACUUGUUUAGUUUAACUUUGCCGUUAUCUGUAGGCGUAACGCCUUUUGUAAUUGACAAAAAAUCCCUGAAAUAUAAUUUAAAUCCAC